UUGUUAGAUACACCUGAAAAUGCCGUAUUUGAGAGACGAGUUUGGGAAUCCGGUUCGUCUCACGGACGAACACGGAAACCCAGUCCAGCUCAAGGACGAGUACGGUAACCCUAUCUACCAGACAGGAGACACCACUGGUGCUUAUGGGUAUGCUACAACGGGGCAGCACGAGUCGGUCCCAACCACCGGAAUGGGGACUGGCGCUCAAGGGUACGGCAGUGCGCCAAUGGCUGGCACCACCGGGGUCGGUACUGGGCACCAGCAAGUGCAUCGCUCUGGAAGCUCCAGCUCUAGCUCCUCUGAGGACGAUGGACAAGGUGGGAGGAGGAAGAAGAAGAGUAUAAAGGAGAAAAUAAAAGAGAAGUUGCCUGGUAAGGGGCACAAGGGGGAGCAGCACACCACCACCACCACCACCGGUACCACUACUACUACCACACGUCAUGAGAAGGGGUUGAUGAAGAAGAUAAAGGAGAAACUCCCUGGCCACCACAACAACUAA